AUGCUGCCCAUUGGACACAACAAGCAGAGUCACCCAAGCAUCUUACCGAGCCAAGUUUCCGAGCCUCUUUUCCUGUUGUUUGCACACAAGUCAUCGAGACAUGUCGGAUGCAGCCCAUGCACGCUGUGUUUUCGUUCAGGAUCACGCGUCUCGAAAGUCCUCAGGAAGGCUCGCCCAAAUGGCCUGGCACCCAGUGCAGCGCUCCCGCCUGCGGCGCAGGACAUCUUUGUGGAUUCGGCUGUAUUGGGGUCCAUAGGCAGUUCACUCUCAGACGCACUUUAUGACAUCGGGCAGCAGAUGGACAGCCUUGUCAAUCAGCAGCUUGCAGUUGUGGGCCCAGCCACCUUUGCUGUCGUCCUGCUUGCGGGCCUGUUGACAAGCCUCUCGCCGUGCACACUCAGUGUACUGCCCCUCACGAUCGGCUACAUUGGGGGCUACAGCAAGGGCAAUGAAGGGGAAGGCUCCAGCCUUGUGGGGCGAUCUGCUGCAUUCUCAGCUGGCCUGGCAACCACCUUGGCUUUGCUAGGGGUUGUGUCCUCUGGAAUCGGAAAGGCAUACGGUCAGAUAGGGAAUGGACUGCCGAUUGGUGUUGCCAUUGUGGCCAUCGCCAUGGGGCUCAACCUGCUUGAAGUUGUGCCCAUUCAGCUGCCAUCGGUAGAUGUGGACGUGAGGGAACUGGGCCUAGGACCAGAGGUGCAGGCAUUUCUCGCUGGCCUCACAUUCGCCCUUGCUGCAUCGCCGUGCAGCACCCCUGUGCUCGUUACUUUGCUCGCCUACGUGUCAUCCACACAAGACCCUUUGCUCGGUGGCGCUCUCCUCCUGUCCUACACUUUGGGAUAUGUAACUCCACUCUUGGUGGCAGCAACUGCAACGGGAGCCCUCACCAAGAUUCUGUCCUUGCGGAAAUGGUCAUCCUGGCUAACACCGGCGAGCGGCGUGCUGUUGGUAUCUGGCGGAACGUAUGCGUUGCUUUCGAGGGUGAUCCCAGCAUAG